AUGCGAAUGAAGCAUUUAGCGAGAAGUCACGUUUGGUGGUAUAAAAUCGAUAACGAUAUCGAGAAAUUGGUCGCGAAUUGUAAUGAUUGUAAUGCAUUCAGGAAUGAACCUACUAAAGUUACACACAUCUGGGAACCGUGUACAGUACCAUUCGAGAGGGUACACAUUGAUUUUGCGGGACCUUUCUUAGGUCAUUACUUUUUCAUUUUAGUCGACGCCUUUUCUAAGUGGCCAGAAGUGCACAUAGUUAAGGAUAUGACAGCACGUACAACGAUAAAUCUAUGUCGGCAAAUCUUUGCUACGUUCGGUUUACCAAGUUGUAUUGUCUCAGACAAUGGUAGGACGUUCAUAUCUAAGGAAUUUAGGGAUUUCUUACAAAGGAAUGGGAUCGCUCAGAAGCUAACAGCGCCCUAUCACCCUGCGACCAAUGGCCAAGCGGAACGAUAUGUUCAAAUUUUUAAAAAUGCGUUAAAGAAAAUGCGUGCGAAUACCUCAAAUGUACAAACAUUAGUGCCUAGAAUUUUACUACAGUAUAGAACUACGAUACAUGCGGCUACGGGAAAAACGCCAGCGGAACUUUUAUUUCUACGAAAAUUGCAUACAAGAUUGGAUUUGUUACGACCAUCGACCAAAUUCCCAGGAAAUAACUACAUGGCAGGAAGUACGCCAAUUUCUUUUGAGGAGGGAAAGAGGGUCAGUUGUCGUAAUUAUGCUGGUAACGAGAGAUGGUUAUCAGGUACUGUAUUACAAAAAUUAGGUUUAUUACAUUACAAAGUACAGUUAGAUGAUGGACGCGUAUGGAAGCGCCACGCCAACCAAAUGCGUAAGAUAGGCGAAGCGACUAGAAUUGAGCAAGAAGAGGAUGAUUUUAGUUAUUCAGGCCCUCCGAGCGUUACAAGUACAGAUCGUUCAACAACGAUAGUUAGUGCAGAUGCGUGUACAUCAGGUACAAAUAACGAGUCUAGUCAGGUCGUAGAAAACAAUACCAAUGAUAGUUCGAUGACGAUUACGACGCCAUCAUUUUCAACUAUUACGGCUUCCGAAAGGCCAGAUACUACGUGUUCGAGUCCAGUAAGACAGGAGACCGAGUUUUCUCCGAGAGCAUCUACGACAAGGCCGUUGACUACUUCAACGCCAGUACCUUCACCAGAGAUUGCAAAGAGCGUGACGAUGGAGGCUCCGAACAUUACAAGGCCCACACGGGAAAGAAAGCCUCCGUUGUACCUAAAGGAUUACGUGGUUUUAAAGAAUUUUGAGAUUGAUUAG